AGAAAGUUGACGGCGAGACGGGGACGUCUUUUUUAUUGCCAUCCACAUUUAAAGAGGUAUUUUGUACCUAACAGGACAACACGGUUAACGUGCUAGCUUUGCGUUUAGAAAAACGAGGAAGAGUCCAACGUUGGACCACAUAGGCAAGUGUUUUCAUCAACACCACAAAGAGGGGGUUACAAUCUCUUAACUUUUCCUGUGGGUCCCUUUUCGGCUUGUUGGACUGGAUGCUAUAUACUUUUGGACUUGUUUUGUGGCACGGAACCGGAGGGGUUUACACCCAUUACUCUUAUCUCCCAACUCAUUUGGAAACGUGCCUCUCAAAACGAAUCACUCUCAUGGUCCGUCAGCGGAACUGGCUAUAGCGAAUCUGAAGGGAAUUUAAAAUUUUCUAUCCGAGACCAGUUUGGAACUAUAAAAGACAAACAGUUUGAGGACGAUUUCUUGAACUUCAGUGUCUUCUCCUUAUUGCUAAAGAAGUAUAUCAACGAGGACUGGAGAGCUGGAAAGGAACUAUGCCUCAAAAAGGGAUAUUUUAAUAGAGUGAAGCAGAUGAGAGUCUAUAAAUUGUUUUAAGCGGACAGUCAACUCUGUUUCCAGAAUACUAUAACCGGGCCACGUGGGAGUCUGGCGUAGCGUCCAUGAUGCAAAACAAGGUGUAUGACAUCUGUAACGAAGGUCACAGUGGAGUAAACCAGCUCGGCGGUGUUUUCGUCAACGGCAGACCGCUGCCCGACUCCACGAGACAGAAGAUAGUUGAACUCGCUCACAGCGGCGCGCGACCGUGCGACAUAUCCCGGAUUCUGCAGACCCAUGCUGAUGCAAAAGUCCAAGUGCUGGACAAUGAAAACGUGUCCAACGGGUGUGUGAGUAAAAUCUUGGGUAGAUACUAUGAAACAGGCUCCAUAAGACCCAGAGCGAUCGGGGGAAGUAAACCAAGAGUAGCGACUCCCGAGGUGGUCAGCAAAAUUGCCCACUACAAGAGGGAGUGUCCGUCAAUCUUCGCGUGGGAAAUCCGAGACAGACUGCUGUCAGAGGGGGUCUGCACAAACGAUAAUAUACCCAGUGUGUCAUCGAUAAACAGAGUACUGCGCAACCUGGCUAGCGAAAAGCAACAGAUGGGCGCAGAUGGCAUGUAUGAAAAGCUGAGGAUGCUGAACGGUCAGACCGGCACGUGGGGGACCCGGCCGGGCUGGUACCCCGGAACCUCGGUGCCAGGACAGCCCAAUCAAGAUGGCUGUCAGCAGUCAGACGGUGGAGGUGAGAACACGAACUCCAUAAGCUCAAACGGAGAGGACUCGGAUGAGACCCAAAUGAGACUCCAGUUGAAACGAAAACUCCAAAGGAACCGCACAUCUUUCACGCAAGAACAAAUAGAAGCACUUGAAAAAGAGUUCGAAAGAACGCAUUAUCCCGACGUAUUUGCGCGGGAGAGACUCGCGGCAAAAAUAGAUUUACCGGAAGCAAGAAUACAGGUGUGGUUCUCCAACAGAAGAGCAAAGUGGAGGAGGGAGGAAAAAUUAAGAAAUCAAAGAAGACAAGCCAGUAACUCUUCAAGUCACAUACCCAUCAGUAGCAGCUUUAGCACUAGCGUUUAUCAGCCAAUCCCACAGCCCACAACGCCAGUAUCCUUCACAUCAGGCUCCAUGUUAGGAAGACCAGACACAGCCCUUACAAACACAUACAGCGGCCUGCCACCAAUGCCAAGCUUCACCAUGGCCAACAAUCUUCCUAUGCAACCCAGCCAGACCUCAUCCUACUCCUGCAUGUUGCCCACUAGUCCUUCGGUGAAUGGGCGGAGCUACGACACAUACACACCACCACACAUGCAGGCACACAUGAACAGCCAAUCAAUGGCCACCUCAGGCACAACCUCUACGGGACUAAUCUCGCCUGGAGUGUCCGUACCAGUCCAAGUGCCAGGCAGUGAACCAGACAUGUCUCAAUACUGGCCCAGACUACAGUGAGAACAAGACACAUGAGAACAACAAAAAAAAUCAGUGAGGAUAAAUACAGAGAGCAGCUUCUUCACCUCAUGAUGUCUCUCGGCUGCAGGGCUGUUCAGCAGUAUUUUACUACAGAAGGAACUGAGGAGAAGCUAAAGGACCUUUUUUCUACUGGGAUAGUGCCACUUCUCUAUUAUUCUUCGGACACAAAGACUUCAAGAAUAAAAGAGAACAGACUACUGUAAAGUGCCCGGUAUUAUAUCGUAAAUUGGAAAAAAAAAUCUGUUUUUCAGUUUCCAACCAAGUCAUUUUGAUGUAUUUGUACAUGUAAUGGCCAAUUGUAUGUUAUGACAAAAAAGGAAAAAAAUGAACAACUGUGGAAGGACUGUCAAACAAAGCUGGCCUUGCAUCGCCGAGCGGAAGAACAUUUGUGCGAGCUUACCUGUCAUUCAUCAAUCUAUGUUCAGCGGACAUCAAAAACUUCUGCCCAAAUGUGGACUUGUGGAAAUGAACAAUCUCUGUAUCACUUUGUAAAAAUAUCAACAGAACUCAAAAGGAAGCCAAUCCACACUUUUGGUUUCCAAAGCUUGCAGACAAAGUCAGAUGUAUGUGGAACAAGGUGACUGCUGAACAUGUUUGGUAGCUAAAAAUGGUAGAUUGUGUCUUCGAUAUAAUUCAGUUUUGUUUAUGUCAAAAUGUAAGUAUUUGUCUUCCCUAGAAGUCUCGCAGAACAAUUUCUAUAAUAAAAUUAAUUUCAUUUUAUAAUUCUCUGAA